AGAGGGUUUUUUUCGGUGCCUGCGCGCGCGGGUUUGCGCGUCUGCGCGUGCAAUUGCUAUUACAGUAGAGCAGCUGAAGGGUCAGCCAGGGAAUAUAUUUAUACACUCCGGCGCGCGCAUGCCCGCCCAAGUAGCGCUCUCCUCAGCCGGGCCAGCCCCACUUUCUUCGCUUGGCCGGCCUCGGCUGGAGACGCAGGGUCGCCCAGCUCGGAGAGGCGGACGCGCCGUUCCAGCGCCGUGGGGGGGAAAGAAGCGGCGCUGUGGCGGAGCCGUUGCGGUCGGGAAGGCGAGCCUGCCAGCCAGCCAGCCAGCCAGCCAGCCAGUCAGCCAGUCAGCCAGCCAGCCAGCCAGCCAGCCAGCCGGCGUGAAGCGCUACCAGACUCCUGUUCUCCAGCAAGAAACAUGGAACAAGUGAACUGACGUGAAAUCUCAUUCUGCUGCUGCCCAGCGAUGGGUUGUGUGCAAUGCAAGAAAAAGAAGGCGAACCCAACUCCUCCCAACAACAACAACGAUGGAGCCAACAACUCACUGCCCAACUCCUGCUACGAUCCUAACCCCUCCCAACAGAACCCUCCCAACUUCACACGGAUCCCAGAUUUCAACAACUUCCCAGGGACCCCAGGGCCUUUGACUCCAGCUGGCCCUGGGGUCUCCGGGCUCUACCCAGCACCCUCCAUUCACAUUCCAGGAAUGGGGAUCACAGGUGGGGGAGUCACCCUUUUCAUUGCCUUGUAUGAUUACGAAGCCAGAACAGAAGAUGAUCUGACAUUCAUCAAGGGGGAGAAAUUCCAUAUCAUCAACAACACAGAGGGUGACUGGUGGGAGGCACGCUCCCUGACCACGGGAGCCACCGGCUACAUCCCCAGCAAUUAUGUAGCUCCUGUGGACUCGAUCCAAGCAGAAGAGUGGUACUUUGGGAAGAUUGGCCGGAAGGAUGCUGAGAGGCAGCUGUUGUGCCAUGGCAACCCCCGGGGGACCUUCCUCAUCCGCGAGAGCGAAACCACCAAAGGUGCCUACUCAUUAUCUAUCCGGGAUUGGGAUGAGACGAAGGGAGACCACGUCAAGCAUUACAAGAUCCGGAAGCUGGACAGCGGUGGCUAUUACAUCACUACCCGGACCCAGUUUGAGACUGUGCAACAUCUGGUGCAGCAUUACAGAGAGAGAGCCGCAGGAUUGUGCUGCCGCCUGGCCGUGCCGUGCCCUAAGGGGAUGCCCAAAUUGGCAGACCUGUCCGUCAAAACCAAAGACGUCUGGGAGAUUCCUCGCGAAUCGCUGCAGCUCAUCAAGAAACUGGGCAAUGGGCAAUUCGGGGAAGUGUGGAUGGGCACUUGGAACGGCACCACCAAAGUUGCGGUGAAGACGCUGAAACCUGGAACCAUGUCUCCAGAAGCUUUCCUGGAGGAAGCCCAGAUCAUGAAGCGCUUACGACAUGACAAACUGGUGCAACUGUAUGCUGUGGUAUCAGAAGAGCCCAUUUACAUUGUGACUGAGUUCAUGAGCCAAGGUAGUUUGCUAGAUUUUUUGAAAGACGGGGAUGGCCGUUUCUUGCAGUUGCCCCAACUGGUGGACAUGGCAGCGCAGAUUGCAGCUGGAAUGGCUUACAUUGAGCGAAUGAAUUACAUCCACCGGGAUCUGCGUGCUGCCAACAUCCUUGUGGGCGACAACCUUGUGUGCAAAAUUGCUGACUUCGGCUUGGCCCGCCUCAUUGAAGACAAUGAAUACACAGCUCGCCAAGGUGCCAAAUUUCCCAUCAAGUGGACAGCUCCAGAAGCCGCUCUCUAUGGCAAGUUCACCAUCAAGUCAGAUGUGUGGUCCUUCGGCAUCCUCCUGACAGAGCUGGUGACCAAGGGCCGAGUACCAUACCCAGGCAUGAACAACCGGGAGGUGUUGGAACAAGUGGAACGGGGUUACCGCAUGCCCUGUCCGGCGAAUUGCCCUCCGUCAUUGCACGACCUGAUGGUGCAGUGCUGGAGGAAGGAGCCCGAGGAACGCCACACUUUCGAGUACCUCCAGUCAUUUCUAGAAGACUACUUCACUGCGACAGAGCCUCAAUAUCAGCCAGGAGACAACCAGCUGUAAUGGAUGGAUGGGGACCACGGAGAGCUCCCUCCAUGGGGAACUCUCUCCCAUGUGGUGGGAAACUGGGACGCAUUGCAGGAAUGUCUUCCCUAUCCAGGGCCAGGAACCGAGGGUCCCACCUGGUAGAACUGGGCUUAAACUCCUUUCUUUUUUCAUUUUAAUUUUAUUCCCUUUUUUUGGGGGGGGGACAUUGCUUUUUUUUUAUCAUCGUGGUUUUGUGUUUUAAAUUCCGACUCAUUCCAAAUAGAUGCCAGGCCAGUUUUUGGAAAGUUUUUUUUUUUUUAAGAUGGAGAUGAUGAGGAGUGGGGAGGUAGAUGGCCAGAGGAGAGGUUUUGUUUCUUUAAUAGUCCCAUCCUCUCUUAAUUAAGUUACUUCUGUGUUAAUUGGAGAACCUUUGGCCCUUAAAAGUUCCCCCUGUGGUUCUCUGAAGAGGCUGUGUACUUCCCCAUGGGUUCUGGCCCACAAGGAGGGACCCGAGGGGAGUUGUAGCCCCAAAUGUUUGAAUGCACCUUUCCCCUAACCCUGCUGCAGCCUACAAGGAUAAAGACAGGAGGCCUACAGAGCCACAGGAUAAAGAAAUUUGCACAACGAAGUUACCUAGCCAUCCUGCAACCAGUGUUCUCCAGAUAUAUUGUGACUUGCACCUCUCGGAAUCCACCAGCUUGCAAGGGCUAUGCUGGCUGGGGAUUCUGAGAGUUGUAGUCUCGUGGCAUCAGGCAUGGGUUCCAGUUCCUGUGGAACUCCCAACUGUCCUGAGGCCGUUGGCCAAACAAUCUGGGUUUGAUCAGCCCGUUCAAGUCUUGCAAGAUCUGGACUCCGUUCCUCCCCUACAACAUUCCGCGACGUGGCCCACACUAUGGACGGUGGGCACAAAUUUUCUUCUCCUUCCUCAUUAUCGCCCAUGCUCUGAAUUCGUGACUUGGUAACUAUCUGGAUAUCAUGUUUGAAAUCAACGCGUUGCAAUUAUGAUAGGAGAAUGCAUGUAGGCAGAAUCCAUGAUAGGUGGAUCAAUCAAUGUCAGCCUCUUUCUCGAAGGGGGUGCGGGUGGGGGGGUCAGCUUGGCUCUGAAAGGAUACCCUGGGGGCUGCACUUCAAAAAGGAGAUGGGUCAGGACGCAGCCCUAAUUCGCUGGUGCAUAAGGGAAGCAGACAGCCUUGGCUAGGACAACUGUCAGGGAAAGGUGUGUGCCAAAAUGGCUCUGGAGCCUGUUUGCAGAAGGAGAGGAGCGUCUGAGCUGAUUACUGUGGAACUGUGAAGUGUCUGUUCCACAGCCACAUGGUGCCUUCUGACAAUAAGAUGACGCGCCUUACCAGAUGGGGGCUUGUGCAGCAUCCCUUGAAAAUUAAUGGUUUUUGCUUGUCAACUGGAAGCCGUUCCAGAUGUUCCUUACCAGAUGUGCUGGGACUGCGGCGUCCAAAAUUCCUAGCUAGCAAUUACCUAGCCCUAGCAAAUGUGGAGGAAACGGCUGCCUUACCUGGAAUCCAUACCCCAGUUGUUCACCGGCUAACUUUUUCUCAUAGAUCCUCUUGAAGAGCUCCUGGACUGCGGCGUUGGUGCCGAGGACGGUGGCAGAAAUCUUCAGUUCCUCGGGGAGGAAUGUCACACAUGAAGUCACGUCAUGGGGAGGGGGGAGGGAUCCAUUUCACAAAGAAGAUGCUGCUUUUGACGUUCAGCAUCUGCUCAUCCACCUCCUUCAUGGCCAUUCUGCCCUGGAAGAUGGCUACCACCGUCAGGUAUUGGCCGUAGCGGGGGUCAUUUCCAUCCUUCUCUGUAAUUUGAAAUACAGCCAAGACACUGGGUUGAUAGUAAAGCUAUGCAGAUUUACUGAGAAAUAAGCUUUACUGCUUACCGUAUUUUUGGUCUUCAAAACGCACUGGCGUAUAAGAUGCACCAUGAUUUUGAAGUGAUAAUUUUUUUU